ACGGAAGUUAUUCCGGACUGUACAUGUUUGAGGUUUUUCCUUUCAGGAGUCUCUCUCUCUCUCUCUCUCUCUCUCUGUCUCUCUCUCUCUCUGUCUCUCUCUCUCUCGCUCUCUCUCUGUAAAUUACUUUUUCCUCCUCUGGCGGUCAGUUAAACCGUAAUGGCGGUGAACGCUGCGGCAGUGUGUGUGAGGAGCCUGAACAGAUAGUGUGCAGGUAUCAGCGCACGGUGGAUCACCACAAGGGCCAAUGGACGCCAGGAGCUGAAGUGCAGCUGUUUUGACAGCUGGGUUGAGCCUCCAGUACCUGGUCUGUGAGUCUGACAGAGAAAGCUGCCGAGACCAGACAAGACCCGAGCUCUGAACACUAGAGAGGGGUUUUGUUUUGUUUUGAGACAUUUAUCUACGUCUGUCAAAUUGCUUUUAAGGCGCCAUUGAAGGAAAGGAAGAAAGCGACCCACCGACCUCUGGCCAUGGCUUCUUCCCGGCUGAAGUACCUCUCUCUGGGCGUGCUGGUGUUCCAGACCACCUCCCUGGUGCUCACCAUGCGGUACUCCCGCACCCUGCAGGCCGAGGGCCCGCGGUAUCUGGCCUCCUCAGCUGUGGUGGUGGCCGAGGUCAUGAAGAUCCUCACGUGUGUGUUGCUUGUCUUCAAGGAACACAGUUAUAGCAUGCGAGCUCUGAACAGCGUCCUGCGUCAGGAAAUUGCCCACAAACCCAUGGAAACACUGAAGCUGGCGAUCCCCUCUGGGAUCUACACACUACAGAACAACCUGCUGUACGUCGCUCUGUCCAACCUGGACGCAGCCACCUACCAGGUGACAUACCAGCUGAAGAUCCUGACCACGGCUCUGUUCUCUGUGUCCAUGCUGGGCCGCAGGCUUGGCGUCUACCAGUGGCUCUCUUUGCUGAUUCUUAUGGCCGGAGUGGCUCUUGUGCAGUGGCCCUCUGAGUCUGCUGCAGCUCCGGAGAAGGAGGCCCUGUCUGCAGGAUCCCAGUUUGUAGGUGUGACAGCGGUUCUGGUGGCAUGCUGCUCCAGCGGCUUCGCUGGUGUGUACUUCGAGAAGAUCCUGAAGGAGAGCAAACAGAGUGUUUGGGUUCGCAAUAUCCAGCUAGGAAUGUUUGGCCUUGUAUUUGGCCUUUUUGGGAUGCUGGCCUACGAUGGGGAGAGGGUGAAGGAGUCGGGAAUGUUCCAGGGUUACAACACAAUCACCUGGACUGUUGUAGCGCUGCAGGCGCUGGGUGGUCUGGUCAUUGCAGCGGUCAUCAAGUAUGCAGACAACAUCCUCAAGGGCUUUGCUACAUCGCUCUCCAUCAUCCUGUCAACUCUUAUAUCGUACUUCUGGCUGCAGGACUUCGACCCCACUGGUGUGUUCUUCCUGGGGGCCAUUUUGGUUAUCGUGGCCACUUUCCUGUACGGCUAUGAAGGCAAGCCGUCCCCCAACCCCAGCAGGGCGUAGGACACUCACGGCUGACACUACAGCAGCAGUAGGAGGUCUUGUUGACGCGUCGAGACGAGGAAGGGACAAAAUGAGGGGGACAAAAUGAGGGGAAAGGUCUUUAUCAUAUAUUGUGAUCGUGAGAAGGAGGAGCAGAGGAGUAGGAAGCGAGGAGGUAAGCAGGUUGGGAACAGAGGACAGGAAAAGGGAGCAAGCACAACGCUGUGAUAGGUCUCAAACACCAAAAGUGCCUCAGCUGGGAAGAGUAACCAGUGCGAAGAGAAAACUGUGGCAAAACAGGAUUGUAUGUUUUUCUUUCUUCCUAUAAUUUCUGCUGUAGAGAUAAUCUGAAGCUGAAGAGAUAUUCUCCACAGGACCGACUGAUUGUGUUCAUUUAGAACCUGUUUGACUGCCAGUCGCUGUUACUGCCACGUCAAUCACACCUAUACAAUAAAGAACUAAAGAGGCAGACGGAGGAGUUUCUAAAUCUUCUUCAAUACCACAUUUUUUAGACGUAGUGUGACUUUAGCCCAAACUGUUGGCUUGUUCACCUCGGAGUUGCAGUAUUUAAGGCUCUGACGGUCUUGAGUUGUCCCACUUUGGGCCUCUGAAAGCACAUUUAAGGCCUUUUUGCCCUUGAAUGAGUCUUCCCAGCCGUUGUUUACUCCAGAGCUGUGUACAAUACUGCAACAAGCUCUGACAGUCACAUGCUUUGGGUUGCAAAUGGUAAGGGUUGGCGUAGGGACCAUGCUUGGUGUUAGAGCUCUGCACCAGAGGAGGGAUCUGUACACCGCUUAAGAGGCCUGUCUACCUGGGAGGCACAACUCGGGGCAAAAACUGAUCAGUUUUACAAGAGCCUUUAGACUAUAGUAGUUGACGUCACCAGAACUAGUGUUGUUAUCUAAAUUAUCAUCGCCUCGUAUGACUCUGGUCCGUCUGUAAUCUGGGUGUGUGAAUAAAAGGCUUAAUUAAUCUGACUCUUCAGAGAUGCUGUUCAGGCUGUAACAGGGGGGGAUAUUUAAAGUAAUUGAUUUCUGGAAUGAAAAGAACAGUUUGAUUAUAUGGUAAUUUUGUACAACUUGAAAUUAUGUUAACCUCUGGUGUAAAUAAUAGCACCAUUUAAAUUGUAACCAAUAAAUCUAAAUGAAUUGUCUGUUAACUUAUUAAUUCAUGAAUUAGGCUCAAGUUUACAUGAGUUUUCAAAGCCACUGAUUAUCGACAUCCAGCUCCUUAUGUCCUGUGCUUGUGUAACAACAUAUUCUGUUGUUUCGAAGUAAAAGUGAUCAAAAAUGUUACUAAAUGUGGCUCAGCUAAGUCUGAACUGACUGAAUUAUUGAUACUGAUUACAUCAGACACCUGUGAGGUAUUAGUUACAUAGAAAGUAACCUUGGACUGUACACGUUUGCUGGUGUUUUUCCUCUGGAACUACUUUUUUUUUUCUUGGGAUGAAGCGGGUAUAAUUAAUAACUUUAUUAUUUUAAUUACAGAUAUGUGAAUCUUUUAUAAAAGAGAAAUGUUUCCUUUAACUUCUUUGAAUGUGUUAUCAUGUUAUUGUGUGUCUCCUCCCUGAUAUUUUCUAUCAUGCAGCCCACACAUUUACAUUUUAUACUCAGACUAGAAUGCACUAUAGUAAAAAUUUAUAAUCAUCUUUGUGGCCUGUCAUUUGCUUCGCAUGUCGCCUUAGAACUGCAAAC